GUGAUCUUCUUCGACAUUCCAUUUUUAACCAUAUCCCAACUGCUUACACGACCUUCCACGUCUCUGCUUUCUUUAUUAUCCUAUAUUUUAUCUUAUCUUCUUUCCUCUUCCGACUCAAGUUCUGUCUUUUCUACACACCUCAAACUAUAUAUGCUUGGGAACAUAACCUUUUAUUCGUUCAUAAUUCAAACAAUUUCCUUUUCUAUCUAUCAUCGUUUUCAUGAAUUCUGAGACAUCUUUUUCUUCAAAUUCUUCAAUGGGUAAGAAGCCUACUCCCAGUUCAUCGCCCAAAAAAUCAGCUUUCGCAAGAUUACGUAGAAAGCUCUCUCCAAAAAAGUCCGACUCCCGUUCUCUUUCAGUAGAAAGCAGUAGCUGUGGGGAGUUGGAAGCAUUGUUCAAUUACUUUGAUAAGAAUGGAGACGGACGGAUAUCGGCAGCUGAGUUACAAAGCUGUUUGAGGACGGUGGGAGGGGAGCUGUCGGCAGCAGAAGCGGAAGCUGCUAUACAGUCUUCUGAUUUAGACGGAGAUGGGCACUUGGACUUUUACGAGUUCCAGAAGCUGAUGGAGAAUGAAAGUGGUAACGAGGAGCAGAAGAAUAGUGAACUGAGAGAGGCUUUUGGGAUGUACGUGAUGGAAGGGUCUAGUUACAUCACUGCAGCCAGUCUCAAGAGGAUGCUUAGCCGCCUGGGUGAGCCCUCCUCCAUCGACGACUGUAAGGCUAUGAUCCGUGCCUUUGAUCUCAAUGGAGAUGGGGUCCUCAGCUUUGACGAAUUCGCCGCAAUGAUGCAUUAAAUAGUUUCUUCUUGGUUUUUGCAGCUUACUUUCGAUUGCAUUUAUUCACUCUUUCCACUGUACAUUAUUAAGCAAUCCCUGAUUGAUUAUUUGUCCUA